AUGUGGGGGAGGUGGCCAAGGACCCAGAUAAGAGGGGGAGGAAGGCUGACUUCAGGUUUGUGUAUCCCACUGGGCGAGCUUGAGUCCUGGAUGGUCGUGGAGGAGUCUGCUGUUGCUUCAUUUUCAUCAUGGCUGCUGUUCAAACAGAGGUUUCCCUGUACUCACAACCUUGGCAGAGGCCCUUGUACAUCUACAGGGGGUUGGCAUGCAACUCACUGAUGGCCGACUCCUUGUCGGACAGAUCUCCCCUCCAUGAAGCCGCCUACCAUGGCAGACUGCUACACCUUAGAAGACUUAUUGCCCAGGGUUUCCAUGUAGACACACUCAGCAUGGACAGAGUCUCUCCUCUACAUGAAGCUUGCCUUGGCGGCCAUUCUGCUUGUGCCAAGUUCCUGCUGGACAAUGGUGCAAAUGUAGAGGCAGUAUCAACAGAUGGCGCCACACCUCUCUUCAACUCCUGCACCAGUGGCAGUGUUGCUUGUGUCAGGCUCAUCUUGCAGCACGGUGCCUCCACCCACACCCCCAACCAACUGGCAUCCCCUAUCCACGAGGCCUCUAAGAAAUGUCACAGAGAGUGUCUGGAGCUGCUGCUAUCGUAUGGAGCUCAUGUCGACAUGGAGCUGCCAGUGGUGGGGACGCCACUGUAUUCUGCCUGCUUGGCUGGGGCUGCAGCCUGUGUAUGGGUGCUGCUACACUCAGGAGCAGAUGUUCGAAUAGGGUGUGGGCAUGACAGUCCUUUACAUGCUGCAGUUCGAGGUGGAGGAGCCAACGUAGUGGAUCUUCUGCUGGACUUUGGGGCUGAUGAGUGUUGUAGGAAUGCAGAGGGAAAGACUCCUCUGGAUCUGUCGUCGCCAAACAGCGCAGUUCGAAUUACACUGCAGAAAAGAGGUCCCUGCUCUUUGUCUAAUCUCUGUCGGUUACGUGUUCGCCGAAGUCUGGGAAGGAGUCGUCUUCACAGAGCCCCCAGCCUCUUCCUUCCUCACAGUAUCAAGGACUUCCUUCUCUACCAGUGAGACAUCUCUGCCUUGUUUGUGUGGCUCUCUGUUUGCCACGUACUGAUUUGUCCUUCAAACUUGUGCCUCAUCACUGACAAAGAAAGCAAGUGAAAGAAAGGCAUCCACAUUCAAAGAACGGGACCAAGCUUUGUCAGCCAUCUGUUUUUAUAACAGUUAUACAGUUUUUAUUUUUUUAACUAUACCAGACACUAUUUACCUAUUGCUCAAAGGAAAUAUGUUGGAUACAAAUAUGGGUUCCAAGUUCCUAUAAAAGUUCUGUUCAUAUUGCAGCGGCUACACUGCAUCAGAUUUUGUAUUUUUACUGUUUUAAUCCAGUGAUUUCCAUUUCGCGUCUAUGGAUUUUACAUUAAUUUCAAGAUGUUUUUAACUCCACCAAUUUGACACAUCAAAGUCUGUUUACAAGGGGUUCUACUGUAAAUAUGAACAGAUAUGCCUUUUGUGACUCCAGAGGGUGCUGCUCAAAAUCUGAUGCCUUGCCUCAAGUGAUGUCACUUGAGUUAGUGACUUCUGUAGUACGCUCAUCAUCUCUGCUUGGGACUAGCAGCUUGAGGCAACAUUAGCCGCUACUAGCAUAACAUAACGCCUGAAUCUCUGACACAACUGUUGGCAAUCGAGUUGCAUUGUGGGUAAUGUAGGCACCAGAAUUUGACAGAAAAAUAAGUGGAGUAAAAAACAAAGGUACCUCUGGUUAAGCUGCAUCCAUUUUGUUUAACGAGUACAUAAUAAAAAUUUGAGGUUUCAAGGAGAAAACAUCAGUAAGGACCCAGGGAAACAAAACUAAACAUUUGACCUUUGCUGAGAACAUUAAACCCUUCAUAAGGUCUCCUUAAUGUGUCAUAUAAAGAGGGUUUUGUGCUGGGGAACAUAUAACCCUCUCUUUUUUGUAGACCACAAACAUACUCAUCUUUAUACAGUAUGUGUGUCCAGUAUAAUUCCUACAAUAAAAUCAAGUUACCAGAG